UUUGUUUUCUUUUCGGGGCAAAGCUCUCGCCUUUCUACCAGAAACCCUAGCUGUCGGAUUCCGCCGUGUCCGUCGUCGUUGCCGGAUCUCACCGCCUGGCUCUUCGUCGGAGUCUUGCUGACCUCCCCUGGGAUCUCCUCUGAGCUUUUCUAAGGUUCGAUUCGUGCCAAGGCAUGGAUGCCUUGGGUUGCAGGGUUUCCAACACAAAUUUCUCCGGCCUUUGCCAUCGGAGAACAUUCUCUCCACCAAUUUUGGUGUGCAAUAGACAAUAUGUGUUUCUGUUUAAUGGUUCACAUGGGCAAUUUUCUUUACGCCUAAAUGCAUCCUCUGAUAAGUUUAAGAUGAAUGGCAAACCGAAUGUUCAGCUUCCUGUUCAGGAAAGACGACUGCUUGGGAAGACAUUUUCUUCUAUAAGAGAAUGUACCUUGGAGGAGAACUUUGCUGGAGUUCAGAUGAAUACUUCUCAAGAAAAAAUUGGUGUGCUGUUGUUAAACCUUGGUGGCCCGGAGAAACUUCAUGAUGUUCAACCAUUUUUAUUCAAUUUGUUUUCUGAUCCAGAUAUCAUAAGACUCCCCCGAUUAUUCCGGUUUCUUCAACGACCAUUAGCUCAACUUAUUUCAGUUUUUAGAGCUCCAAAAAGCAAAGAAGGUUAUGUUGCCAUUGGUGGUGGGUCACCUUUGCGUAGGAUAACAGAUGAACAGGCAUGCGCUUUAAAAGAAGCUCUCAAAGAAAAGAAGGUUAAUGCAAAUGUAUAUGUUGCAAUGAGAUAUUGGCAUCCUUUCACUGAAAUGGCCAUUCAUCAGAUCAAGAAGGAUAAUGUUACCAAGCUUGUAGUUCUUCCACUAUAUCCUCAAUUCUCUAUAUCCACAAGUGGGUCAAGCAUAAAGCUUCUUAUGCGCAUCUUCAGGGAAGAUGAUCAUUUUGCUCAACUACCAAUUUCUAUUAUUGAGUCGUGGUAUCAACGAGAAGGAUACAUUAAGUCUAUGGCUGACUUGAUAGAAAAUGAGCUUUCAAAUUUUGCUAACCCUCAGGAGGUUAUGAUAUUCUUCAGUGCACAUGGGGUGCCAGUUAGCUAUGUUGAGGAUGCAGGAGACCCGUACAGAGAUCAGAUGGAAGAUUGUAUCAACCUGAUCAUGGAUGAACUAAAAUCAAGAGGGAUUGGCAAUCCUCAUACUCUUGCUUAUCAGAGUCGAGUCGGCCCUGUUCAAUGGUUGAAGCCUUACACUGAUGAAGUCUUGGUUGAACUUGGGCAGCAGGGUGUGAAGAGCCUUCUGGCUGUCCCCAUCAGCUUUGUCAGUGAACACAUUGAAACUCUUGAAGAAAUUGAUAUGGAAUACAAGCAUCUGGCUUUAGAGUCCGGCAUUGAGAACUGGGGCAGGGUCCCUGCUCUUGGUUGUACCCCAUCCUUCAUUUCAGAUCUGGCUGAUGCAGUUAUUGAAGCACUUCCGACGGCAUCCCUUAUUUCAUCAUCUGCAAAUGAUACAAGCAGUGAAACAGAGACCGACCCAUUGCGGUAUGUGAUCAAUUUGUUUUUCGGAUCAAUACUAGCCUUUUUGCUGCUUUUGACUCCCAAGUUUAUCUCUGCAUUUAGGAAUUUUCUUGUCUAGCUGAUGUGAGUAUAUGUAAAGUUUUCUCCAGAAAGGAAACCUGAAUAAUCUAAUAAUAAUGCACAAAGCUGUCAGAGGAACAGAAAUACAUACAAAAAAGAGUUAUACAAGAACAACAAUUUUCAUCUAA